AUGGCAGUGAUCAAGCACAGAAAACUCUUCCCAGCUGCACCAGUUUCCACAAACCAAACUGACUGUCCAGAAUUUUGUGGCCCAGAUUGUGCAUAUGGCUGCUACCCUUAUGCAGAUUUCUACAUCCCACCACCCCCACCAUUAUCUGCAAUUGAUCAAAAUGACCAAAACCACCAUAUCUCACCAUAUGUGGUGCUCUUAGUGUCUUUGCUAGCCAGUCUUUUGCUCCUUAUUGGCUACUAUGUUAUUGUGGUAAAGUCUUACACAAGUUUGUGUAGUUACAGAAGCAAUGGAUCCUCUCUCUCUCAAUCUGGCAGCACAGAUGAGGAGUUUCUUGCAGAGAACCAAGUAGACCAUCCGGUGUGGCUCAUCUCCACCGUUGGAUUGCAACAGUCGAUCAUAAAUUCAAUCACAGUUUGUAAGUACAAGAAAGAUGAGGGCUUGAUUGAAGGAGCCGAGUGUUCGGUUUGUUUGACUGAGUUUCAGGAAGAUGAGACUCUCAGGCUGCUGCCCAAGUGCAGCCAUGCUUUUCAUGUCUCUUGUAUUGAUACUUGGUUGAGGUCUCACACGAAUUGCCCGCUGUGCCGAGCUAAUAUUCUGAGGCCUCCUAAUUUGGCUUCUGUGGACACAAAUGAAGAGACCCAAGUGGAAAAUUCUGAGAGUGAAAUUGCAUUGGGUGUGGAUAAUCAACAGGGAUAUGAUGAGGUUUGUGAAAGCAGAGCUGAAACAGAGGAUGAAGGUGAAGAAGAACACCAAGUUCGUUUUGAAAAUGCAUCAAAGGAGGCAACAAAUUCUAAUGGGAAUUCCAUUCUUGAACUUAUAAGGAGGUCCUGGUCUUUUGAUUCUUCCUUGGCUGCAAACAUGUUAGUCAUCAAAUUGAAGAAUGCUGAGAAAUUGCAUUCGGAUGUUGCUCGAAAGCGAUAUUCUUCAAUUGGUCAAUCUCUACAUUUAAGCCCUGUUUUGAUGAAGAGGUCUUUGAGACGUAAGUGGAGCAUGAUUUCUGUUCUUCCCCAGUAA